GUCACCUUGAACCCUAAGUCGGGCAUUCUCCAGCGCCGCAUCCCGCCGCCACCGCUCUCCUCCUCCCAUGGCCUCCGCCGCCGUCCGUCCCCUCGUUACCGUGCAGCCCCUCGAGGGCGACAUGGCCACCGAUGCGCCGGCCGCCGUCCCCUUGCCCGACGCCUUCAAGGCCCCGAUCCGCCCCGACGUCGUCCGCUUCGCCCACGCAAAUCUGUCCAAGAACAGCCGCCAGCCCUACGCCGUCUCCAAGCGCGCCGGCCACCAGACCUCUGCCGAGUCCUGGGGAACCGGCCGCGCCGUCUCCCGUAUCCCCCGUGUACCUGGCGGCGGCACUCACCGCGCCGGCCAGGGUGCCUUCGGCAACAUGUGUCGUGGUGGUCGUAUGUUCGCCCCCACCAAGACCUGGCGCCGCUGGCACCGCCGCGUCAACAUCAACAUGCGCCGCUACGCCGUCGCCUCUGCCAUCGCCGCCUCCGCUGUCCCGUCCCUCGUCCUCGCCCGCGGCCACCGGAUCGAAUCAGUCCCCGAGAUCCCCCUCGUGGUCUCCGACUCCGCCGAGGGCGUGGAGAAGACCGCCUCCGCCAUCAAGAUCCUCAAGCAGAUCGGCGCCCUCCCCGACGCCGAGAAGGCCAAGGACACCCAGGGAAUCCGCCCCGGCAAGGGUAAGAUGCGAAACCGCCGCUACAUCUCGCGCAAGGGUCCCCUGAUCGUGUACGGCACCGAAGGUUCCAAGAUCGUCAAAGCAUUCCGUAACAUACCCGGCGUCGAUGUGGCCAAUGUCGAGCGUCUCAACCUUCUGAAGCUAGCCCCAGGAGGCCACAUCGGCAGGUUCAUCAUCUGGACCAAGUCAGCCUUCGAGAAGCUGGACUCGAUCUAUGGAACCUUCGAUAAGCCGUCCGAGAAGAAGAAGGGGUACGUGCUUCCGAGGCCGAAGAUGCUGAAUGCUGAUCUCUCGAGGAUCAUCAACUCGGAUGAGGUGCAGUCGGUUGUGCGACCCAUCAAGAAGGAGGUGAAGAGGCACACGCUGAAGAAGAACCCACUGAAGAAUCUCUACACGCUUCUGAAGUUGAACCCCUACGCCAAGACCGCCAGGAGGAUGUCUCUACUUGCCGAGGCGCAGCGCGUCAAGGCCAAGAAGGAGAAGCUCGACAAGAAGAGGACCCAACUCCCCAAGGAAGAAGCUGCUGCAAUCAAGUCUGCUGGGCGGGCAUGGUACAAGACGAUGAUCUCCGACAGUGAUUACGCUGAGUUCGAGAAUUUUUCCAAGUGGCUUGGUGAGACACAGUGAGACUUGGGUGGUCGGCACUUGGUGAUUUUAUUACAAGUAUUACUAUAGAAUUUUGCAUCAAAUUAGGUGAUUUGAUCGAUUUGGUCAUGGCAAAGGGUAGGAACGCCAUAUGUGGAACGUCAUUUUGAACUCGGUUUACUUUUGUUUUGCUCGUUCUUGUCUGAGUUCGUUUUUGAUAAAGCUUUUAUGUUGGAUCUUAGCAAUGCCAGGAAUUGAACUGUUUCCAUUUCUAUCAA